AUGGUUGGAGCCGAUGGAGGAUUUCAACCCCUAAAUUUCCAACGCAUCAUUCCUCUCCCUGAAGCUGCGAGGCAAGAACUCUGCGGUAUUUGCGCAAAGUUACCCCAUCGACCAAUUAUGCGAGAACUUAUCAACAUUUAUUUUGCCGAAGCCAAUUGGUACUUUGCCACAUUGGAACAACAUUAUUUUGAGAAACUUUACAAUUCGUGGUGUUCUCUCAACGAUUCCUCGACAGAACAUGGCCAGGUCGCUGAUUUACCACCGGACCUUCUAUAUUUCUCGGCACUAUUAUUUCAAGUUCUUGCUGUGUCUUUACAGUUCGUCUCGCCGGACACGAAUUGUAGUCGUGCUCUAGGAGCGGAUAGUUUCGCCGCGCGUGAUCGUCUAUCCAGCAAUUAUUCCACAAAUGGAGUCGAUAUCGCGCGCAUAAUGGGAACUCAGGAUCCUACGAUCACUGCUGUGCAAAGCGACUUUAUGAGGGCAUUGUGGUUGAAGAAUUGCAGCCGAGGAAGAGAAGCAUGGCAUGUAUUAGGUAGCGCAAUCAGGUCAGUCUCCGCAUCUUCCAAAAGGAAAGCAAGUUUCUCACUCCAACCAGAAAAGCCCAAGACCUUGGCCUCCACCAACAAAGCAAAGUUUAUCAAACACCACGAUCUACAUUAG